GAGGAACAGUCUAUUGAUCAGAUAUAAAGGAAGUACUCUAUAAAUUGUAGCAAUUCAAGACCGUUCUUAUACUGUACCUUCUUGUGUUUAAUUGGACAGUCUUGUAUUCCUCACAACCGUACGAUGAGGCUGUUUGUGUUGUUUGCAGCAGUGGCUUACUGUUAUGCCUGCAGAUUGGAACAAUUUCCUGAAGACACCACUAACAACCCACAAGGUUGUUCUGACUCUGAUGGAAAUCUCCAUGAAUUUAACUCUGAAUGGGAGAACGGACCUGAAGCCUGUGUCUGUGUUGAUUUUGGAAUCAUCUGUUGUGAAAGGACAUGGGAGACAUUUGGGACUCCUGUCCCACCUGAACCCACCACAGUCAUUGGUGAUUAUUUUGAAGAUUUGUAUGGCGACAACUACCCCGGCGCUGACAACACUGAAGGAUCAGGAGGUGGAGCACAAGAAUAAUUUACUCGUGGACAAAAAACAAACCACCAGCAGGUUUAAUGAGCUGUUAAAUUUUUAAAAAUCAUUUAAAUAAACACACCUAAGAGCAUG